UAAUUUAUCUACGUUCCGCAUUUGCGCUAUACUCCUGUGUACCUGUUCGUCAUUAUUGCGAAUACGUUUGUUUAAACUAGAGUUUAGAAGUUUAAUGAGAAUAACCCUUUGUGUUCCUUUCUCUACGCUUUGUUAAGAGUACGAAACUAGAGUAUACUAUGUACAAUGGUAUCUAAACAUAUUACGUAAAUAUACAAAAGCUCGUAUAGGUAAUUAGCAGAUAUAAAAAUACUUUAAAAUGAACCUUGGUAAAUUUGUUUAGAGGAAAAUUAUUGUACGAGUACAACCUAAGUAUCGAUAAGGAAAAGAUCCGCAUCUUUGCUAAUUUCCAAGAAACCAAUCGGGCAGAAUUAAAUCAUCGACGCUACAAUUAUAGCUACUCGUUGUUCUCCAUCGCAGACGAUGCGAUUGUAUUAUAAGCAAACAUAGAGAAACAGAAGCACAUAUUACGGUUAUCUUAAACUUUAAACAGCUUUUUAACGAGGUCAACAAAAACGAACCAUACGAUAACGCUCGUUGCUCAUUCCUUCUCGAUAAGUACAAUUGUACAUACGUAUACGAAACAGCGAAUAUAUUAAUAAUUAACGUUAGGAAAAAUAAUGAAAAAGAGAUGUUAAAUAUGGGGUACCGUGUAUAAAAGAUGGAAUAAAAUAAAACAUAAGACGAAGCAAAGCAAAAAAUCCGAAUGAAAACCGAAAUAUCUACAUUAUACGCAGAUAUGCUAAUACACUAUCGCGUUGGUCGGCUUUUACAGAUUUGCACAUUCUUUCAUUCCUUUACCUCACAGUUGCAAUUCGCAUUGCGGUUAUUCACGUUCACAUCCAUUCUACGAUUCUACACGUUCGUAAAAUGUAUCCUCGAUCUUCGCCGCGUAAAUAUUAUUCGCUCUACCAAGUUCUUGCAGUUUUCUUAUUAUCUGGGUGCAUCAUGGAUACGUCCUGUGGAAAAGGAUCGAUAACGGUCACGAAAUGGGGAUCUAUUGACUGUCGAAACAUAGAUAAGUAUACGUUGAAGAACGAACUCGAUCAAGAGGUGGACAUUAUAACGUACGGUGCAACAAUAACGUCGAUCAGGACACCGGAUAAGGAAGGAAAUAUAGCGGACGUCGUUCUAGGCUUCGAUGAUAUUUCAGGAUACGCGACCACCCCUGACCGUAAUCCGUAUUUUGGCGCGACUGUAGGACGAGUCGCGAACCGCAUAAAGAGUGGUCAAUUCUCCUUGCAUGGGAAAACGUACAUGCUUUCCAAGAAUGCAGGUAAAAACACCCUUCACGGUGGUACCAAAGGUUGGAGCUGGAAAGUAUGGAACGCGAGUAUUCAAAAAGAUCGUCUCGUCCUCACUUUGCUGAGCGAGGACGGAGACGAAGGGUUUCCCGGAGCAGUCGUAGCCUCGACUACUUUUCAGUUAAGCAGUGACGGAGAAUUACGAAUCAAAAUGAAAGCUUACACUACCAAAGCUACGCCUAUCAACUUAACUAAUCACAGUUACUUCAAUUUGGCUGGCCAUAAUGGGAGCGCGACCGCUUUAUAUGAACACCUAUUUACGUUGAACGCGGAUCGCUGGACCGUCACCGAUGAAGAUAAUAUUCCUACCGGGGAAAUCCAGUCGGUGAGCGGUAGCCCAAUGGAUUUGACGAAACCCACGAAACUCGGAAAUGUGAUUGAGAAAAUACCGGGUGGUGGUUUCGACUACAAUUUUUGCGUGAAGAUGCCCGCCGACUCGUGUAAGGAUGCCCCGAACGAAAGAAACCUCGUCGCCAAAGUUGUGCAUCCUCCUUCUGGACGAUGUUUGGAGGUCUUCUCCGAUCAACCUGGAGUACAAUUUUACACGGGCAAUUUUCUCCCUAAGCCCGAUAGCGAUGGUAUUAAGGGAAAGUGUGGGACCAAAUAUUUCAGACACGGUGCGUUCUGCUUAGAGACGCAAAAUUAUCCAGACGCGAUUAAUCAGAAAGAUUUUCCUGAUAGCGUGAUCGAACCCGGAAAAUUGUAUCGGCAUAGCGUUAUAUAUAAGUUUGGCGUUGCCACUUAAGCAACGUGUACCUACCUGUCGUACGUGGAACGUACGUAAUUUGGAUUUUGUUCUCGAUUAUCGAAUACGAAAUGCAUUACGAUAAGUCGAUAACGUUUAAGUACGUACAUACGUCGAUUCGAAACUACUACGGCUAAGCGGCGUACAUUGCAAUUGUAUGUAUCGCUGUUUCCUGUCUAUCUCUAUUUUCAAAAUAAAUUUCUUUUGUCAUUCCAUA